AUGCAAGUUCGCCGACACCUCGACGCGCAAUAAGGUCAUAAAUCUUGUACCCACGACAUUUAGCAACAAAUGCCACAGCCCGGAGUUUCACGCCUAUAGUCGCGCAGUAGGGGGAAGCAAGUUCGUUAUUAAUGCUCGCACACAAGAAACGCGUCGAACUCUCAAAAUGUUUUCUUCGCCGGGCGUGUUUAUUCUUUUGUUUCCGCUCGCUUGCGGCGACACUAUCGACACCUGCAGCUCAGAAGACAGUCUUUCCAGCAUUGCCAGCCAUUUUCGACAAUAUCCUAAUGCUAGAAAGUUGAUCAAUCACACGGAGUCGUUGUACUGUUUGGUGUACCAUUCCGCAGACGCAAACUUCAGACACAACAUGCCCUGCCUAUGCGCUCGCGUGUCGUUCAGUGGGACAUCGGCAGAAAGCCUCACUUUCUUGUACCAAUACUCGCCAAACAAAACACACCUAUACACUGGAGUAGCACAAGCGCAUACGAACAGAACAGAUAAAGCCUACCCAGUAGAUAACCAGAUCAUUAUUAAGUACGUUAUUGAUUAUAACCUUCACAGAGAAAUAAUCAGGAUCCUGUUCACAGACUAUUACAGCUGUGUGGUCCUUAACUCGACACUGUUGGGUACCAUGCUGUGGGUUAAGCUCGACCACCUACUCAAGGAAGAACAAAUGCCUUACUUGUGCACGCUUACGUAUCAGCUCGCUGCUGAAGACAUCCGUCACGUGGUCUAUGACUGGAAGGUGUGCCCGGAGAUGAGAAGCUAUAAGGAGAAUACGAAGAGACCAAAUGUUGGACAGAAAAGGGAACCCCAAUAACCCCUGCGACGCUAUUCUUGCGGUUUCAAGGAGUAAAUGUAUUUGGUGCCAAUAUUUAGUUGACAAUAAAAAUAAUAAUUAAGCAAGCAC